ACUGCCAGCCAUACCGUAGCACAAAACAAAAACACAUUCCGCUCUUUUUCUAUGAUUGUAACAGAGAAAUAGAUCUCAGGCGUUGUUAGUUUAGUUUUAUUCUGUAUUAUUAUUAUUUUGUAGUUUAGCGUCAGGGACGAAAAUGCCCAUUUUAUUGCAGUCUGGGAGAAUGCAGUGGGUGGAAGCUUUGAAGUUAUCCUGUGUAGCGUUGGUGAUGUUUUGGGCCUGUCCAGCCUCUUCCAUGGAUGUGUUAGUGCCACAACAGAUCAACGCUCUCAACGGCACUAAGAUCAAAAUUCCCUGUUCCUUCACAUCAUGCUACAAACUGGACACCAGCAAGUUUGCCAUGAACUGGACCUAUCAAGAGACAAGCAACAGCACAGAAGAGAUGUUUAUGACUUACAAGAACAAGAUAACACCCCUGAAGUCCAGCCGAUUUGGAGACCGGGUCGUGUUUACUGGAAAUUUGGAGAAGAACGAUCUGUCCAUAACUAUCUUAGAUGUGCAGCUAACCGAUGAAGGAAUCUACAACUGUUAUGUGCGCAACCCCCCAGACCGCAUUCUGGGUCACGGUGCAAUCCAGUUCUUUGUGCUUACUGAAUUGCCUCCUCCGAGAGACUCGACCAUCGCUGUUGCCAUUGGAGCAUCUGUGGGAGGCAUUCUUGCUUUGCUGAUUCUGUCUAUGGUGGUGGUGAAGUGCAUUCGCAGACAUAAGAACCAGGAGCUGAUCUCAGACGAGCAGAAGAUGGAGGAAGAGGGCAAAGUAGAUGGAGAAGGAGGGACAGAAGAAGCCACAAAACAGCCCUAACCCAGCUGCUACAUCCUGAAGGUCUAAGGGUUGGUGGAGCCCUAUCAUUCUCAUUCUGAAAUGUAUGAAUCUCCUGCCUGAAGAUGCUAUGUCAAUCGUGUUUGACUCUUCGUCCUGUAACCCAUCUAACAUUCCAAAGGCUUGAUUUUCUUGUACAGCCAUCAAACAUGUCAUAUUACUGUGGGAAGAUCCCUGUCACAGUAUCAGGUGUCCAGUCACCAAUGAAAAAUUACACAGGGUUGCAAAUUGCCUCUUUCACUCAAUAUGCCAGGUUAAGAUGUAACAGCAUUUUUCCCUUCAACUACUGCCAGUGGAUUAGCCAUCCAGUAUUUAUGCUGAGCAUUUUUAUAGCGAGUUUACAAAAAGUGUUAUUAAAAUGGACAAAGCACGCAAAAUUCUCUUAAAAACUGCCAAAGUAUUUUACCCUUAUGAUGUUUGUAAGUUUUGACAAUUUCUUGAAAAAUCGUUGCAACCUGGUCUCAUAGGAAAUACGUACCUUUGAACACUUUUUGCAGCACCACAAAAUACGGACCAUCAGGAACAUAUUGCAACCCGGUAUCACAAUUUCCAACAACAGUAACGUUAACAACACCAUAUUAUAUUAUAUUGCAGUGUAAUGAUUUUGAAUUUAAUCAGACGUCGCAUUUUGUGUAUGUUUAUUAUUUCAUGUGCACGAAUUAGUCAUAUUCAAGCAUGUAACCCGACCUCGCCCCUUAUCCUAACAGUUUAUAUAUUACACAAUAUAAAACACAACAAGUAACUGGAAGAAACAGCUACAUAUGCUGUUUAUUCAAAAAGUGCAAUUAUUCUAUGUGUUCCGAGGCCAAAGUAUAAACCCAAAAGCGAUCCCCACUCCGUCCGCCGAAAAACUCUGAUCCAGAGCGGCUGCGCGCAGUGACAGAAUUAAAAAAUUGCAGCCGGAACGUCGUUAGAUACGUUAUGAAACACCAUUGGCUGUCCCGCUCCAGUUGCAUCACGUACUAACCUUGAGCGUACACUUAAAAAAAAAGACGCAACUGAGCGUAUUCCUGGAGCGCGAUCGUCAGCGAUUAAAACCUGCUAUGCUCACACAACGAUAUCGUACGGCUUUAGAAGACUCGAAACGCAACGCGACCUUUUUGUAAUGCUUUUAUACUGUAAUGCUUUUGGUCAGUGUUUGCAAUAAAUACCCGUGUCUGACUUCUACUUCACUGUUGCGUGUUUAUGUGGUUGGGAAGUGGGUAGUUUAAGGUUAGGGUAGGAGUGGUGUUAGGUGCUCAAAAAUAUCUAUUAAAUUACAAAUAAUAAGUAUUUGUAAAAUCAUUUCAGAGGCAAAUCGUGACACUGACUUGCAUUCUCUAGCGGACCAUUAGCGCCCCCAGUGGACUUUUGUGUCUCAAAACUAGCAAUAUGUACCUGAUGGUACGUAUUUUGUGGCGUUGCAAAAAGUGUACAGAGGUACGUAUUUCCUAUGAGACCAGGUUGGAAAAAGCACUGCCCUCAACUUUCUCUCAACUUUCUGUUUGUGCGUGUGUGUGCAUGUGUGCCUUGUCAUUGUGCUAGCUUUCUCCUAUUGCGUCUGAAUGUUAUUACUUUUUCAUAAUCUAGCGGGUGAAACAGCACAAGAUUUAACAGUUUUAUGUCUGGAACAUGUUCAAUGUUCCUAAACUGCAUUUUGCUAGUUUUAAAAUAAGCUAGAGCAUGUCGUGCAUCAAAACAUAUACAAUCAUUGCAUGCCAAAUUUCUUUACAUGUGACACUGCAACGUGAUCCCUCAGUUUGCACAAUAUACAAAAAAUUGCUUUCACACAUAAAUAUUGUCAUGUUAGGUGCAAAGUGUGAAAAAUGAAACGUUCGGGUGGAUUCUUGUGUUUAUAGAUAAAACCAAAAAACCUAAAGAGAAAUGGUAUUGCUUAUAUUGACUGUGUUUGAUAUGUUUGUUGUAGUGUGAAAUUUAAAACAUGUUGAUUUAUUUUAUCGAGAUACGUAUUAGAUGUAACAUUAGAAUCGCACUUCAUCUGAUAAUCAAAUUUCACAAUCAAAUCAAUAAUAAAUAGAAUCAAAAAAUAAUAAUAAUCUGCUGUAAAAGAAGGAAGACAUUUUUUAAAUGUAAUAAGAAAUUUGUGCAAAUGAUUAAGUCAAUGGGCCCUAUUUUAACGAUCUAAGCGCAUGGUCUAAAGCGCACAGCGCAGGUGCACUCAGGGCGUGUCCGAAUCCACUUUUGCUAGUUUAACGAUGGGAAAACUGUCGGCACGCCCGGGCGCAUGGUCUAAACGGGUUGUCCCGAUUCCCUUAAUGAGUAAUGGGUGUUUUUUGGGUGUAACGUGGAGUAAACCAAUCAGAGUCUCAUCUCUCAUUCCCUUUAAGAGCCAGUUGCGCUCGCGCCAUGGCAGAUUCGCUACUUACACGGCGGAAUUUGCAAGAGCAAAGACUGGGUGCUUCUCCAGAGAGGAAACGCAUCUGCUCGCGCGCUUUAACCUCACGCACGAGCAGAUGCGUUUCCUCCACCAUACAGGACAAUCUUUAUGUAGGCUACACAAUAAUAAUCUUUUCCAUUGUAAUCCAUUUAUUUUUUUACAUUUGGCAUGUCUGUGUGCUGCUGCGCUUCCCUCUGUGUAAUAAGUACAGUGAAAGUACAUUGUGGACCUGACCAGAGGCACAUUUUCUACUAACGCGCUCUUUAAAUAACAAAAAAAAUUGCGCCGUUGACUUUAGACUUUAGAUCAGGUAUGAGUUGGUCUAUGGCGCAGUCUAUUUCCAGUUCCUCAAAAUAGCAACGCGCCUACAAUGCGCCUGAAAACAUCUCUUUUUUAGACCAGCACGCCCAUGGGUGCACAAAUGACCGCAAAUGCAUUUGCCAUUUAAACAAUGCGGCGCAGGACAGGAAAAUGCGAACUGUGUUGGGCUGAACACUUGCGCUGCAGCUUGUGCCGCUUUGCGCCGGGUGUAUGAUAGGGCCCAAUGUGUUAAUAUAGUGUAUGAAAUGUAUACUGUAGGCCCAAAGUGAAUAUUUAAGCAAAAUAAAUACAUUCAAUGUAUGAGUAACAAAGAUUGCAUUAGAUACAAAAAAAGAAGUUUAGUAUCGUUGCAGACUUUCCAAAAUCUUGUCCCUCCAUAUAUUUUUUAUUUUAAAUAAAUCAUUAUUAUUCACUGUG